UGACAGUGCUAUACAUAAAGGAGAAAGUGCUGUGCUCUUUGACAGGGAUCCAUUUUACAUAGUGGAUGGCAAAGUAAUUUGUGUUGUUGUAUUAUUAUCCAAAUUUAUCGAAAAUUUUGGAAACAACUAGCGACAGUUGGCAAGCGAUUUCUUCAAUACGAAAUAUCGAAAUUUCGUCAGCGAAAAUCGUUCUUCAACUAAGAAGGCGACGAAUUCCUCGGAAAACACCUGUACAGAAGCAACCAUUUAUGGACUUGCCAAGAAAUUUGCAUGACUGCUACUUCUUCUACUAUUCGACAUGUAAAAAAGGAACAAAUUGCGAGUAUCGUCAUGAAGUGGCGGCACUUGGCCAUGAGGAAACCUGUAAACUAUGGGCAGAAGGUAAGUGCUACAACCGCACUUGCACGAUGCGUCACAUGAAAAUUGAGAAGCCCCGUUCAGCAACGCCAUGCUUCUGGGAGGAUCAACCAGGCGGUUGUCGUAAGCCCCACUGUGUAUUCCAGCAUAAGGUUCCAAAACCAAAUGGUGCUUCCCCCCAUCCGGCCACCUCUAGUAGCAUGAUGCCGCAGGUGCCACAGGCGGCGGCAGGACCUACAGCCACUACUGCAGCUACAACUCAUCUGCUUCAUACGACAUCACCGGCCGUCGUCAUGGACUACAACUAUGCGGCCCUGAUGCCCCGCAUAAUCUAAAAGAAUCUAUUCGGCAAAACGUCUCGAAAAAGAAAAAUCGACCUACCAACGGAAACAACAGGAUCAGUGCGCCUGUCUCCAUCUUGCUCCCUGCUAGCUUAAACUACUUUUGAGCCAGUCGGUGGAAGCGAGAUAGCAUGACUAGAAAGUGAAAGGAGAAGGCGAUACGGAGUCUAGCAUGAUCCCGUUGCGUCAGCAGUUAUAUUUUCUUCAAAGCUAUAUCGUAUUGUGACAGCUCUAUUAUAUUAUUCUUUAUCGUUUCUUUUCCCUCUUCUCGCCAGCUAACGUUGUUGAAAGCAAUUGCAAUCGAUCUAAACAUUUGUUAGAAAUCCUAAUUCGAAUCAUGAAGCAACUUUCGUUAAUCGUUCAUAGUACAGUACCAAACAUUAAACCUUCAAUUACUGGUGUUUCCUUGCUUAUAAUGUAUUCCUCGGUGCAAUAGAUUCGACGCUGCCGUGGCGAGCAGCAAAGAAAAAGAAAACAAGUUGAAUAGAUUCAAGUCAAGAUCGAGUGUUUUCAGAAUCAAAUCGAACUUAUUGCGUAUUCAGUUAAUUGUUUCUGAAACAAGUGAUUAUAAAUCAAUGAAAAUUUAUCUAUUAAUCACAGGUGUAUUGUUAUGAUUUUUUUGCAUUAUAAUCUUUAUUUAUAACCUAUCAGAAUAAAAUACGUGGAAAUGGUUUUCGUUUCUUUCCUGAUUUUGCACCCUAAACGAUAUGUAUUUCAUUGGUAUGAACUUACUAGCCCUAGUGUAGACAAAAGCUAAAUUAGUAAAAAAAAUAAACAUCAUGCUAAAAACAACUGUUCUCAAAUAGAAAUUUAAAGUCGCACUAUUCAAUAGUAUAUGUAAGAAAUUCUAGUAAUUGAAAAAAAAAUCUACAUAGAGGCACGUUUUUCAGAAGCGUUGUAUGAAUUUGCUAAACAUUUAUUGCGGAAAGUUCAUUCACUAGUUAUGCAAAUCUUUCAAAAGAAAACUCAGUUGAUAGUAUUCAUCGUUAGCGAGUUUACUCGCGACAAUGCAAAGUUUAGUAAAAUGAAUCCUCCAAUAAAACACAAAUGCUAGAUCAGAAACAAACAAAUCGCGUAUAACUGAACUUCGGCUGCCGUAAUUUUUCCCUUGUUUGUUUGAAAACCCAAAUAACGCGAACUAAAUAUGCUCGUACUCUAUAUGUAAAAUCAUAGCAAAAUUUAAAAUAAAUGUAAUACCUACCAAACCGUUCCGGCUGUUCUGAUGCUUUUGGGUAGGAAUUAUUUUUUAACGUAUUUAGCAUCUACCAUUCAAGUAAAAUAUUGUAUACAUACACAAACUUAGAAAACAAAAUUGCUUGUCAAAAUUUUGUUAACACACUUUCCGUUUCUUCCAGUGAUUUUUCACUAGUAGAAAUGUAACAAUAUUGCGUUGGGAUUGUAUCGUUUGAAAAGAAACUUUUGUAAUAAUCGGAUGUGUUUAACGCAAAUCCAAUUUGGUUUUAAUAAUAUGUUUUUUGAAAAGAUAAAGAAAGUUUUCAAGCAACAAACACAUAAUAAACUGAAGAUUAUUAAUAAUACAAAUGUAUAAUAUUUCUAAAACAAUUGCACUACACAGGAAAGUAACUAAAAUUAAAUAAGAUGGUAUCAAAAAGUCGCAAAAUCGUGUUAGCUAAAGAAAUGAAAUUUAAGAAACAGCAAACACAAAAAUAAAUCCCAAGAAGAUUUGCUACACAAAAUUAUAACUACAAUACCACAACUAUACUACAGUUUGGAAGUGUAAGUCUCAAGAAAUUAUCAAUAAAGCAACCGAAACAACACGAAAAA